AUUAUUUUCACAUCUGCUUUGUUGACACGAAACCCAACGCCCGAAAGAUAAGUCUUCACAUUUGGGAGAAAAUGUCGAAAUUUGUCGAUUUUCUCAACGAAACGAAGUCGACGUUGGUUUCAUCCUGCCCCAGUAAGUUGCACAUAGUUUUGGGAAAUGAAGCCUGUGAUCUGGAUUCUGCUGUGUCUGCAUUAGUCUAUGCAUUUCUUCUUUCCUCUCUGCAAAAGGGAGAUGAAGACAAGGAAUGGGUUGUAGUUCCUGUGUUAAAUAUUCAACAGGAGGACUAUCCAUUGAAGACUGAGGUGUCCUACUGGUUGAAUAAGCAUAGCAUCACCCAAGAGCAUAUUGUGUUCAGGAAUGAGCUUGAUGAAGCAAGAGAAAAAGCCUCAGCUGUGGAGUUGACCUUGGUGGAUCACAACGUGCAGGCCAUAAACGAUAAGGAUCUCGAACCCCUGGUUGUUUCCAUCCUAGACCACCACAAAUUGGAGCGACCUGAUCCAGAAAGUGUACGUGAUGGCGUUCAAAUUGAAAUGGUUGGUUCGUGUUGUACAUUAGUUGCCGAGGAGAUGCUGGAGAAAUUACCUGAAAUCAUGGAUAAUACUACAGCUAGUUUGUUGUAUGGAACAAUUAUUUUAGACACUGUUAACCUAAAUAAAGAGGCCAAGAGAGUCACUGAGAAAGAUAUUGAGAUAUGUCAGCGUUUACAAAGUCUUAUGAACCUCAAGCCAAGCAAUGACGACAUAUUCAGAGAACUUACAACUGCAAAGAGUAACGUAUCAAGUUUAACAUCGGAGCAGUUGCUCAGGAAAGAUGUUAAAGUUGUAGAGGGACAGGACGUUACAGUUGCAAUAUCGUCAGUUCCGAUGUCAGUGAAAACCUAUCUUGAGCGCCCUGAUGUGUAUGAGACACUGCGACUUCACUCUGCAAACCAAAGUUAUGCAGCAAUUGUCAUUAUGGGGAUCACCAUCAUGGGAGUCAGUGUUACCCGUGAUAUCGCAGUCUUUUCUGAAAAUGGGGAGUUGAAGAAAAAGGUUGCUAAUCAUCUUGAAGGUGCUAGUGACGGCAUAUUGCAGUUGGAACCGUUGGAUACACGUGUAGAAUGUAUCUUGGCUUACAAUCAGAAAAACCAUGGUGCAUCAAGGAAAGUAGUUUUGCCUUUAGUUAGAGAAUGGUUAUCUCAGAAGUUGGGUAGUUAAAAGGGUGGUCAGCAGGAAAAGGACUUCUUGAAAGCUGUACUGUGAUAGACAUUUAUUUACUUGACAUUAAUAUUACUGUUAUUAACAAUAUUUCUUGUGCCUUGUGAGUACAUACUUUACAGAUGCAUUUAGUUUCAUUUUUAUGGAUCUGUUGAGCCUGUAACUACUGUUUUCUUAUAUUGGAAAUAGCUACAACCAUAGAAAUCUCCAACGUGCAAUCUUCUGUUGUCAGCGUCUUGACAUUGCUGUAUGAGUUACAGGAAUGGUUUGCAUUCAUUUUGUCGAUUGCAGGAGGAAGAAUUCUUAAUAGAUAAAAAAAAUCUUGGUUAACAGGGAAGUAAAGUUUUUCCCAAAGUAGCUAACCUGCGUUAACCCAAGGUUAGCCCAACUAAGGUACCAGACUAAGAAAUGGCAAUAUGAAUGUGUUGCUAAGAAAUCUAUUUGAUUAUACAGUAUAGUAAUAAGAAAAUAUUUGUAAUAUCACUGAGCAUAGCUUAAUGGAAUCUGUAUAAAUGUAUGAAACACUCGAGAUUUUUAAUAAAAUUCUGUAACUGUAUGCUUAUAAGUGUUUAAACAUAUCCAUAACACAGUAUAAACUUUGGGGAAAUAUGGACCAAAUCUAGUGUUCCAUUCUGUGGUCUCUGCUGUAUGCUGCAAUGAACACUAGAUUUGCUCCAUAUUUCCCCAAGUUGCAUAUAAUUCGCUGAAUUAUUGUUAUUUCAGUUGCUUACUGUGUUUUGUUUUGUUAGUUAAGCAACUGGGAGCUUGAAAAGGGGAUAGGCAGUAUUCUUAUACAUUCACAUUCUAAAUAGUAUUGUGGUGAAAACUACUACCUGUAGUGGUGUUUCUUGUACUCAUGAAUGGAUGUAAGAAGGAUGUUGUAACUUGUCUACAACAUUGUGUUAUAUAGUCUAAACAAAUUUUAUAACUUGUCUA